GGGAAGCCAAGCCACCUCCCACUAAGAACCAAAACGUGGAGUCUUCUUUUUAUACCUAGAAGUUGUGACGCCAAUGGAACUCUGAACCAUUUUUUAUUAACCCUAUCCACAUUCAUGACCUCGAGAAUAUCAACAGAAAACGAGUCAGAGACUCAGAGCCUGACAAACUAAGGAAUCCACUCAAUCCUGCCUCCUCCCAGAUUUAGAUAACGUAGAAAAGGGACGACAGAGAUUCAUAGUCUGAGAACUAAAAAAGGAGAAGAAAAAAACCAUAAGGAAUUUCAGUGAUGUUUGGUGGAAGAAGCAUGGGCGGAGGAGGGGGAGGAGGAAGCGUGUUUAGGACUGUGAGUAGGGCAGCAGUCACCAGAACUGUUGCUGGUGGCCCACCAAUUCAAGAACCCCUUUCUUCUUCUUCUUCCAGUUCUUCUGCUGCUGCUAAUACCACCACCACCACUUCCACUUCUAGGCACACCCAGAAGCCCAGUUCUUCCCACAAUCUCUCUCUCUCCUCACCCACCUCACCUUUUGCCUCGUGCAAUAUUCCUCUGGCUUCCAGUUGUGGCACGCCCGGCUGGCCUUCUUCUCCUCGCUUUGAUGAUUUUGAUUGGGUGACUCUGAAUAAUGGCAUUAGCAGUGAGGAUGAUGAGAGAGUUUCACGCGGGUUUCUUGAUGAUUUUGUUCUUGGACCUGUUCCUUCCAAGGAUGAAGUUCACAGUGCUGUCUCUGCCCUUCAACAGGUUAUCAGUCCCUUCAUCAGGGAUAAGUUUGGUUCUGAGUCAGACAGCGCUGUGGACGAUCAAAUUACAAGGGCUUCUGCUGGGUUUGUGCACCCAGCAUCUUCAGCUGGGUCAGAAUUAGAUCGGAUGGAGCCUUCUGCCUAUUUUUCUAAUAAUUCAAAGAUGUUGCAGUCUUAUGGUUCUGAAAGAGUUUAUGAUGCUUUCCAUCUCUUGCAGACCGAGUCUUCUGUGCAGAGAAUGGUGAUCUCCUUGUCAUCUGAUAGAGCGGUUUGGGAUGCGGUAAUGAACAAUGAGGUGGUGCGCGAGCUCCGGGAAUCUUUCUAUGCAGAUGAAGACAAUAAAUCCGAGAGUCCAGAUGAGAAUUCUGAUGAUAACGAUAAAACAACAAACAUUGUCAAGUGGAUCUUUCAAAAUACCAUGGCAAAAGUCAUGGAAGCAAUCGAGAAAAUUACGAAGGUCAUGGGCGACUUAUUUCAACCUCCAAGCAGGGAAAACGCGAAAGCAGAACCCAGCAAUCGCUUUGAGGACAGGCUGAAAAAAUCGUUCAUGCUCUCCGUUGUGGUCCUGUUGAUUGUGGUGGUUACUCGAACCCACAAGGCUUGACCCUAAUCCGACGACAUCACCAGCAUAUCUCCAUUGGAUGACUUGCAGUUGAAGUUUUCCACUCCAUUGUUAGGCAUUCUAUGUUUCAAACUAUGUUUUGUUAUAAACUUCCAGUGCUUGGUACAUUGGAGUUAGCAAGUUGCCUCCAAUGUGGGGAUUUAUGGAUACUAGCUAUGGUUUUUUGUAAUAUUAUCAGUAUUUUUGCAUUGCCACCUGAAUCUUUUGGUAACAAUUGCAACCGAAU